AUGCCGUUGAAAUGUAUUCAAAUCACGACUCGACAGAUUCUCGUCGUCUAUCGACUACCUCACUAUCUUGGGCGACCGCAAAGUUUCGACGAUCAGACCUCGGAGACGCACGCAAUUUACACACUCUCUGUUCCUCUUAUCGCGAACACUGGCUCACGGAAUAUUCGCACACAGGUCAACAUUCCCAAAACCCGCCGGACCUACUGCAAGGGCAAGGAGUGCCACAAGCACACCCAGCACAAGGUCACCCAGUACAAGGCUGGCAAGGCCUCUCUGUACGCCCAGGGUAAGCGCCGUUACGACCGGAAGCAGAGCGGUUACGGUGGUCAGACCAAGCCCGUCUUCCACAAGAAGGCCAAGACCACCAAGAAGGUUGUCCUCCGUCUUGAGUGCACUGCCUGCAAGGCCAAGAAGCAGCUCGCUCUGAAGCGCUGCAAGCACUUCGAGCUUGGUGGUGACAAGAAGACCAAGGGUGCUGCUCUUGUCUUCUAA